AUGAUUGCCACUACUCAACAGAACAUGACCACGGACCUGGACAUGCAUGCUUCUACUGGUCCACCACGGAAUUGGAAGGGCAUUGCGAUCGCCAUGGUGGUGAUUGUGGGUGUUCUAUCGCUGGUCAUCCUCUCAGUCAUCAUGCUCACACCUGAGAAUGAGGUUGCUCUCAGAACCAGAGAGGGCCAUGUCCUGUCCUACAGCCUCCACUCCAACCUCACAGCUACCCUGCUGGACAACAGCUCCCUGGACCUGACUACCACAAAGUUCCAUGUGUCUGCAGACAAGAGGUUUGUCCUGUUGGCAUACAACAUUCAGCCAGUUUUCUCUCAGUCCUUUACAGCAUCCUAUGCCAUCUACAAUGUGGCUAAUGGGGACCUGCUGGAGCUUAACUCUCCAGCGGGGGAGAAGACAGGGAUACAGUACGCAGCUUGGGGACCGCAGGGGAACCAGCUGGCCUAUGUGUUUGAAGGAGAUAUCUACUACCAGCCAGCCAUGACCAGUAAGCCCCUACGCCUCACAUCCACAGGCAGAGAGGGGCUGGUGGUCAAUGGUCUAUCCGACUGGAUGUAUGAGGAGGAAGUGCUCUUGACUUACUCUGCCCACUGGUGGUCCAAAGAUGGCGCUCGCUUGGCAUACUUCACCAUCAACAACUCUGCCACACCCCUAAUGGAGAUACAUUACUUCCUGGGUGGAGUCUAUCCCUCCAAUGUUUUCUUUCCUUACCCUAAGGCUGGCUCCACUAUCCCCACAGUCAGCCUGUUUGUGGUGAAUCUCUAUGGUCCAGCUCACACUCUAGAGAUGAUCCCUCCAGACUCUCUCAGGGCCAGAGACAGCUACAUCUCCAUGGUGAAGUGGAUCAGCAGCACUCGUCUGGUGGUGCGUUGGUUGAACCGGGCCCAGAACCAAUCAGAGCUCUGUGUGUGUGAGGCUACCACAGGGGCAUGUUCAGAGCAGGAGGUGCCAUUGUUUUCAUCCGAUGGCUCUUGGUUUUAUUUGACACUGCCAGCCAAGCAGGGUGCCCGAGGGGAGUUCCGCCACAUUGCCAGUCUCCCUGCGCAGCCUGCCAUCCCCUCUGUCCCUCCUCGCUUUCUGACAUCCGGGAAUUGGGAUGUCACUGUGCUGUGUGCCUUGGAUGAGGACAACGGAAAAAUCUACUUCCUCAGCACAGAAGAAUCCAGACAGAGCAGACACCUGUACAGUGUGGACCUCGAAGGGAUCUUUCACCGCCAGUGUCUGACCUGCUACCUUCUAGAAGGUUGCAGCUUUUUCAAAGCAGAGUUCAGCCCCAAUCAGACAUAUUUCACACUUUAUUGUCUAGGCCCCGGAGUCCCCAAGGUGACAGUUCACAGCACUAAGGACCCCUCCAGAUACGUAGUUCUGGAGGACAACACUCCUCUCUCUGAGGCCCUAUAUGGGAAGAGACUCCCAGAGACUGUCUUCAAGACCCUCACAGCAGACAACCACGAUCUGCACCUGAAGCUGUCUAUGCCCCAGAGAUAUGAGGCCAAGCUGCUCCCUCUCCUCAUCAUUGUGGAUGGAGUUCCAGGCAGUCAGUCGGUGACGGAGGAGUUUGCUAUGGGAUGGCCUGAGGUGCUCGCUAGUACUCAUGACGUGGCCUUAGCCUGGGUGGAUGGAAGGAAUGGUGUCGGCUGGGGGCAGAAGAUCAGUAGUGUGGAUCCCCGCAAGCUCAGCUCCCUCAGAGUCAAAGAUCAACUAGGAGUCGUGGAGUGGUUGAUGCAAUUGCCUUACAUUGAUGAUCGGCGGAUUGCCCUGUAUGGCAAGGCAUUUGGUGGUUAUUUAUCCCUCAAGAUGCUAGCUGCAACUGACCAGCUGUUUAAAUGUGCAGUCGCUGUUGCUCCCAUAACAGACUUCAAACUCUACAGUGCUGCCUUUUCAGAGAGGUAUCUAGGUCCCCCAGCUAAGGAGGAGCACACAUACUUGAUGGCCUCUGUAUUGGAAGAUGUUCACAAGCUUAAAGAUGAGAACUUCCUCUUACUACAUGGGACUGCAGACGCACGGGUUCACUUCCAGCACAGUGCGGAGCUCCUGAGCCGUCUGGUGAAGGUAGAGGCCAACUACUCCUUGCAGCUGUACCCAGACGAGGGCCACACCCUGAGAGAGCAGCGUAGCAUCCAGCAUUUUCAACAGACCCUGGUGCACUACCUCCAGACCUGCCUGAAACACAACCCCCUCCUGGCCUCCAUAGAGGAGCAAGAUGAGGAUGAGGAGGACAACUAA